ACUUUUUGACUUUGACUGGCUGCAGGUGUGACGCUCUGCCUCACCUCAUACACAUUUGUUCUCGUUUCAGGCAGCCCACAGGACGGUUUGGCAGCCCCCACUUCCUCAUCGAAAGUCGAAGCAGAGCGAGCGAGCAUGAGUUUCCUGUGACGCCUCUGUGUCUCUCUGGUCAAUUAGUUUAUUCGCAUCACUCUUCCACUGUUGGUUUGCAUGGCCUCGUCGUAUCCUGGUGGGAGCUCUCUGGUAGAUCUACUCUGAUAGCCGUCGGGACAUUCUCUCUAAAAACACACCGGACCUGUCUGGACGCAGAAACACAUCAGAACCUGCGCAGUUAUUUACAGUCUUCAGAGAAAAGCUGCGAUGCUGUUUUCACCCAUUUAGAGCUGCGAGUUUGUGUGUGUGUGUGUUUGGGACAUUCAGCCAUGCUGCAGCAGUCAGAGCUCAUCUUUGACUUUGCCAGUGACCAUUUUAACAUGUCACAGUUGGGUUGUCACUACCCUGCAGUGAUCGUAGAGCAGGUUCCCCAUUCACACCUGCUCUCGUAUGCAGGUCUACAGGCGGAGGAGGAUUACCAUCAGAUGAUCAAAGUGGAGCCAUGUGAAAGUGGAGAAGAAGAGACCAUGGAGACGCUUGUUGCUGCUGACUCACUUCUCAACAUAGACUGCACUGACACCCUCUCCCUGGAACAGCACUACUCCCAGACCUUCUUACCAUCACUGGGUGAUGUCAUCACUGCUCCUGUUACCCAGGUGACGGUGUCAGCGGAGGGGAUUGUGGGACCUGUUGACCAGUCACACUGGCACUCGUUGCACACAAAGAAGCCUGCGGCACAGCUGCAGUCCAGAAAGAGAGGGAGAAAAACUCAACAUCGGAGGGCAGACUCUCCCACACCAGACAUCACAGUGAAAAAGGACAGAUACAACAAAGGAGGAAACACGCUGUACCUGUGGCAGUUCCUCAUGGAGUUGCUGCAGGAUCGACAGGUCUGCCCCCGCUACAUCAAAUGGACUAAUCCCCAUGCAGGGAUUUUCAAGCUGGUCAACUCAAAAGCAGUGGCCAGACUCUGGGGCAAACACAAGAACAAGCCCGACAUGAAUUACGAGACGAUGGGCAGAGCGCUCAGGUACUACUACCAGAGGGGGAUACUGAAUAAAGUGGAAGGCCAGCGUCUCGUCUACCAGUUCACCUCUCUGCCCAAAGACAUGAUCUAUAUCACAGAUGGAGACGGCGCCAAAGAAGAAGAAGACGACGACGACAAUAGCGGCAAUGACGACGGCGGCGGUGUGAGCGAUGACUCUGAUGACAGCACGAUAUCCUCGAGUGACCAAUCGGUGGAGGACAAGGAUCCCCACCCGCCGCAAAAGAAGCUGUCGUCCAGCAGCUCCGUGCGAGCGCCCGCCACCCAGCGGACCAGGACGGCCCCGAGGCCUCCGGGCCAGCGCGACACCGUCCUGCGGCCUGCCAGCAACAGUCUGAUCCAGGAGCAGCAUUUGCCCAUCGUGUCUGCAGAGAUGCUGCGGACCCUCCAGAACCUGGAGAAGGUCCAGUCGCUGCAGCCGGCAGGUCACGCCUCUGUCUUCAAAACGGCCCAGCUGCUGGGGAGCCUAUAUGAGCGCCAGGCUGCUGCUGUGGUGGUGGGUGUGGACAGUGAGGGUGCGCCCACGAUGCGGGAUACAAAGUCACUCCAAGGGUCGAAAACUUCCCCGGUAGAGACUGCACAUUUGGUGCCUCUCACUAGCUCUGACCAAUAGAAUGGAGCAAUCCUCCACCAAACACACACACAUGCACAUACACUCCACUGACUCAGGACCAGUUAACAGAGCUGCACUUCGCCGUGGCAUCGAGGUUCACACCAGGGCCUAUAUUCCAUAAGUGCGUAAGAGUGGGGUUUGUUGAUCUAGGAUUAUUUUCCUAUUUUGUAAAAAAAUAAAAUUUUAAGAAUUGGAUAACAAGGGUAAUUCUAGAUCAGUUCCUACCUUGCUGACAUUUGAGCUGGGAGGAAAUUGGCAGCAUUCUGCAGUUUGACUUCUCAAUUUACAGGUAGACUAAAAAAAAGCUCAAGCUCCUUAAUCUCAGCCAAAGACACCAAAGACAGACAGAUAGACAUGCACUGGAACCUACAGCCUCUCUGCACUUUUUCCUGCAGAUAAACCCGCUGCUUGCACGUCGGCUCCCCCUUGUCACGGAGCUGCUCACCCGAUCACCACACUGUGCCCCCCUCCUCCUCCUCUUUGCCUUUACUCUCGCUCUUUCUCACUCUGUUUUCUCUUUUCUUUUGACUUCCAUAUGCUGAAUAAUUCCUCCGCCUCGAUGCACUAAAGUUUCCCCCUCUGCUGUAUGAUUCUUCUUAUGAUUCUUAAGUGCCUGGAGAUCUCGGACCAUCUUGUCCCUGCUUCCACUCUUCCUGGUAAUCAUGAGGUUGUCGAGGGAAAACAUUCCAAUAUUAUUAUUAUAUAUUGUUUUUUUAAGAUUACAAAAUUUUGUGUUUGUAUUGUGAAAUGUUGAAAACAAGGGAUCACUGUUAUUUCUAGAAUAGGAAUGUAGCACUGCUGCUGUUUAUAGCUGAUGUAUGUUCAGUGAACCUGCCUUUUGUUGACAAUCACCGGUGAAACGGCCUCCUGUAGACUAGCCUCACUGCAACGCACAUAUUCAGUUUAUUUACGACACAUACAGUUCGGAAUAUAAAUGCUUAUAUGGACUUCAAAAGUAUAUCUUUGUGUAUUGUGUGUUAUAUACUGUAUGUUUGUGAAAAUGCUUGACUUUGUGCCUUGCUGCCAUCUUCUCCCUCAGGUUGGUAAAAAUUUGUUUUGCUGCAAAGAUUAUGCACUCUAUGCAAGUAAGUUAAACAGCUGGCCCCUUAUUAACUGAUAAGUUCAGUGUUUCCUCGUCAGUCGGUGUAGCCUCACAAGCCAGACUACACAUGUUCACUUCAUUCCAAAUGAAAAUGUUGCGUGUAAGACUUGGGCUGGCUUUUGUGAGGCUAAUCUUGGUUGGAUGUUUAAAACUGUGCCUUUUCCACCCGCCAGAAAUCCCCCCUAUGCAAAAAGAGUUUUCACUUUAUGACCGACCAAAAACAAUUAUUUUGGAAAUCCCCCUCACUUUGCUUUACCUGGAGUUUUACUGAUACGAUUUUGUAAGCUCGUAGCAGAGGGAGAGGUGAGAGUUUCUGUUGCUUUUCUCGUCGUGUUCGCUUCCAUGCUUUCCUGUCCAGAGGUGUUGAAAGAUAAUGGCCGAUCAUAUGAAAUAAACUUAAUUUUGUCAUUGA